AUGAUCCUCGGCGAGGCUAUCAAGCACUAUAAUGUUCCCCGCUUCAAGUUGGUCAUUUCUAAGUGCUUCCAGUUUGUCGAUGAGGACAAGGGCCCUAUAGAUCCCGCAACUCUCACCAGUAACGAUAGUCCUCGCGUCAACAGAGUUGGUCUCUCUCGAAAGCAUAUCCUUGACGCGGUGGACCAGAGCGUCGAACGAUUGGGAACCUACAUUGCAGAUCCACAGGAUGGAUCUGGAAAGGUUCGCUACAUUGGUGCCAGCUCAAUGGCAGCCUGGGGGUUUCAAAUACUCCAGAACGUCGCCCAUCAAAACGGAUGGCAUAAGUUCAUCUCCAUGCAAGGUCUAUAUAGCCUUCUCCGCCGCGAAGAAGAGAGAAAUGAAUCCUUACUGCAGCUACACUGGCGUCGAUGGAACAGAUACUCGAGAGCAGAAGUAUCCCUUCCUAAGCUUUUGUUCCGCGGCGAGGACCAAAAUACCCAUCGAGCCCUCGUUGACCGUGUUGAGGAGUUCGCUCAGAGGAAGGGUGUCGAGAUGGCUCAGAUCGCGGAAUCUUGGCUGAUUGCAAAGGGAUGCAUGCCUAUCUGCGGUUUGGAGAGUGAAGAAAGAAUUGAUCAGGCAGUGGGAGCAGUUCAGGUUAAACUGAGCGAUGAGGAGAUGAAGUAUCUCGAAGAGCUUUAUGUUCCCAAGGUGUCAUUCCCUUUCUGA